GAAGAGAAGCUCGGGCAGCUGCUGAGCUCUGCCACUUCCAACUGCUUCUAAACAGUUAUAUCGAUCAGUAUUAAUCCUGAUCAAAGUAUAACACCCGAAACCAGCUCCGUCGCCCUGGAUACCUGCCGGUUACUUUCAAAUUUUCCUCGGUUCGGAGCGAGCCGCGGCCGCCGUCGGAUGAGCGGACUGAAUGUGGAUUUAACUGUCGCUUCGCUCCACAGGCCGCGCCGCCAUUGCUGCUGUUUUUAUAAGCUGAAUUGGUGAAAGAAGUAAGGGUUUUUACAUCUUCAGGAUGAAGAAAAAAGGUCGACAUCACCGCCCAGCGGAGGUGAAGAGGGACUCCUCUCCCAUCAAGCCGUCGCCCAACCGGGAGACGCUGACAUACGCGCAGGCUCAGCGAAUAGUGGAGCUGGAAGUGGACGGCCGAGUGCACCGGCUCAGCAUCUACGACAAGCUGGAUGUCAUCACUGAUGACGACCCCACCGCUCAGGAGAUCAUGGAGUGCAACAGCAACAAGGAGAACAACGAGAAGCCCCAGCAGGUCCUGGUGCGGUCUGUGCGCCUCAAAAACAACCAGCAGAAGAAGAAUGCAGCGCUGACGGCCUCGCACGGCGGCAUCGGUACGCACGGUAGUGCAAGCGGCCUGCUGGAGCCAAAGGUUAGAACGGUUGAAUACAAUCUGCCGGUGGUGCCACGGAGGCCGGCGGCGUAUUACAAAUACACCGAGAGGACAGCAGAGGACCUGGAUGAGGAGGUGGAGUAUGACAUGGACGAGGAGGACUAUGCCUGGUUGGAGCUAAUUAACGAGAAGAGGAAGAGCGAGGGCAUCAGCCAGGUGUCGCACAACCUGUUUGAGUUCCUCAUGGACCGCUUUGAGAAGGAGUCGUACUUAGCCACGCAGGGUCAGAGCGACCUUCAGUCGCUGGUGGACGAGGAUGCCGUCUGCUGCAUCUGCAUGGACGGAGACGGAGCCGACAGUAACGUAAUCCUCUUCUGCGACUCCUGCAACAUCGCCGUGCACCAGGAGUGCUACGGGGUGCCGUACAUCCCCGAGGGUCAGUGGCUGUGCCGCCACUGCCUGCAGUGCUCGUCACGGCCCGCCGAGUGCGUCUUCUGUCCCAACCGAGGCGGAGCCCUGAAGAAGACUGACGAUGACCGCUGGGGUCACGUGGCGUGUGCUCUGUGGGUGCCCGAGGUCGGCUUCUCUGACACGGUUUUCAUCGAGCCCAUCGAUGGUGUCCGUAAUAUUCCACCGGCGCGCUGGAAGCUCACCUGUUACCUGUGUAAAGAGAAGGGUGCCGGAGCGUGCAUCCAGUGCGAUAAGAUCAACUGUUACACUGCCUUCCAUGUCAGCUGCGCCCAAAAGGCUGGCCUCUACAUGAAGAUGGAACCUGUGAAAGAGGUGACGGCGUCCGGCGCCGCCACCUUCUCUGUGAAAAAGACAGCCUACUGCUGCAGCCACACGCCGGAAGGCUGCGACCGCCGGCCGCUCACCGUCUAUGAGGAGCCGCACCCGAAAAAUGGAGCAUGCCACAAGAGGGCCGACAAGAGGGGGAAGGCCCGGGCCAAGGGGUGGCAGAAGAAGAAGAGUAAGAGAGACCCCGAACCAGAAUCAGAACCCGAGACCCCCACCAGCUCUGGGCCUAGUAUCACCGCGUCAAGUUUCGACACCAUCCUGAACCAGGUGGCGGUUCAGAGGAAGCGUCUGUUUGUCGAGCGGGUGCUGAGCUACUGGGUGCAGAAGAGGCAGUCGAGAAACAACGUGCCGCUGAUCCGCCGGCUGCAGGCCAACCCUCAGCCACCCAAAGCCAAGCAGAUGGACCGCGUGGAGACAAAUCAGGCACUGAAGGAGCAGCUGAAGGAGUGGCACCGCCUCCGUCACGACCUGGAGCGAGCUCGCCUGCUGCUCGAGCUCAUCAGGAAGAGGGAGAAGCUGAAGAGGGAGGAGAUGAAGCAGCAGCAGUCAGUGCUGGAGGUCCAGCUGACCCCCUUCAACAUCCUGCUGAGAGCCGUGCUCAGUCAGCUGCAGGAGAAGGACCACUACAGUAUCUUCGUUCAGCCCGUCAGCAUCAAGGAGGUUCCUGAUUACCUGGACCACAUUAAGAACCCCAUGGACUUCUCCACCAUGAGAAAACGCAUCGACGCUCACGGCUACAGGAGUCUGGAGGAGUUCGAGGACGACUUCAACCUCAUCAUCUCCAACUGCAUGUCGUACAACGCCAAGGACACGUUUUUCUACAAGGCGGCUCAGCGGAUGCAGGACCACGGAGGGGUCAUCCUCCGCAGGGCCCGCAGAGAGGCCGACAGAAUCGGCUUCGACUUCCACAGCGGGCUGCAUCUGCCCGAAGUCCCAAAACUGGAGGCGCCACCCCCCUUCUCCUGGGAGGACGUGGACCGUCUGCUGAGCCCCGCCUACCGUCAGCUGACCCCUCUGGAGGAUCAGCUGAAGGAGCUGCUGGAGAAGCUGGACCUGAGCACGGCCAUGAAGCACAGCCCGUCCCGCAGCAAGAGGCUCAAACUGUUGAAGAAGACGAUCAUGGAGGUCCGCAGCGAAAUGAGCCUGAAGAAAUCCCUCCCAACGCCGACGCCGCCCGCCACCCCGGAGCCCGACCCGACCCCCGCCGAGUCAGAGGAGAAACCACUACACGAACCCCCGGCGGACCCCUGCACGCCUCAAGAGGAAAAGUCUUUACCUCCGCCAUCGUUAGAGCUGCUAACCUCACUGUCGCAGCUCGACGCCUCGCCCAGCGACUCCGAGCCGCCCCCUCUGAACGCCGUCAAACCGAGCGUGGAUCACACUCCCAUGGAGCUCGACGGCGACGCCGACACAUCUACCUCAGUGCCCCCGGACACCCCCAACGGGCACAUCCCAGACCCACUGCUUCUCAACGGCGACCUCCACACCGAAGCCUCUGGCACCUGCAACCGACGGACCAACAACCUCUUCCGCAAGUCCAAGAGCGCCAGCCCCCAGAAACCCCCCAAGGCCCAAGAGGCAGCAGCCGCGUUGCCGCCGCCCCUGGGCGCCAAAACGUUCCUGUCGGUGGUGAUCCCUCGAUUAGAGACGCUCCUUCUACCGAAGAAAAGAACGCGCAGCAGCAGCGCGGACGGCGAGGAGGAUGAGGAGUCGCCGAUAAAACGCCUCGGCACAGGAAUAGCGAACGGUUUUGUAGUGGAGGAGGAGGAAGUCACGCCGUCUCCUCGCCUGCUGGAGCCUCGCCGGCGCUGCGCCUCUGAGUCGAGCAUCUCCUCCAACGGAAGCGUCCUCUGCGGCACGAGCACCGUCAUUCUGACUAAAGGCGGGAAAGGCCGGCCGGCGGCGCCUCGACGGAGCACCGUGGACGACAAAAGCAAUCUGAUUACCUGCAUCGAGAACGGAGAGUUCACCAAAGCGGCCAAGAUCUCUUCAGAUCAUGGACCCCAGAGUGCGGAGGACAGCGCAUCAGCACAACGGGGCGGAGCUUCCCCAGCCGCCGCCGGACGUUCUCAAAGCCGGAGAGCGGAUGCAGUUCAGGUCCGCAGAGAAACUCUUCCUCGUCCACUUCUUCGACAGCAAGCGCAGCUGGUGAGGACCCCCCCGCCUCACUCUGAAAAAUGCAAUGGCUUCCUAGAUCCAAGUUGGCCCCCUUCGGGAUCAACGAGACGCUCGACAGAAUCAAGCUGACGGAGGCUCGCUCCUCCUGCGUCCGAAAAGCCGUGCGGCUCGCCUUCGACCGAGCGACGAACCACCUGCGCCGCGUCGGCGGCGAGCCGGAGCCGAGCGCCAACCUCACCGUCACGGACUGAACCCCCCCCCCCCCCGCCCCUUCUCCGCCCCACACCAUCUGUGAAAUCCUCCCAUCAUCCAUCUCUCCUCUGUGUCCUUUCAGCUUUUUGUUUUGAGCACCCCCCCACAGCAGAGACGCUCAGUUCCUGUCUCAUACGCACAACAAACACACACUCAUCAUGUUUACCAUUUCCUGCGAACUGGAACCGGAUCGUCUUCGUCUCCCCCCACGUCUGUCCCCGACGUCCAGAAUACUGUAGCUUUGACGGCCGUCUCGUCUAUGCAACGAAAACAACUCGGUUAGCGGGUGCAAAAAAGACAAAGUAAAAUCAAAAGCUGGGCCGUGAGGAGCGAAAACUCGCGGAAACCUGUUGAAUGUGUCAGAGUUUGACCUCUGACCUCCUUAAAUGUGCUGCAAGACCGCUGCGACAGUCCCGCCGCCACAGAAGCUCCAUCAGCGAGCGUGGACGCAGCGGCUCCUGUAAAUAUCCUGUACGAGGCCUGACACUAAUUUAUUCACUCCCUCGGCUUGUUGGGGUACACGGCGUUCACAUAUUUAUAGAGUCCGAGGUGAUGACCCCCCCGGUCGCGGCGGUCUUUCUGCUGGUGCUAUCUCUCCGGAGAGAAACAAACAUGCAUACUGUAACGAACGUUUGAUUUCAGCUCCUUUUUUACCGUUUUUGUAAGUUAUUGAGUUCUCAAGCUUCAAGUUCUCUCGUCUUCGGCAUUAAAUCUUUUUGUGUCUGCGUCCAUCUUUUUUUUUUUUACCUGAAUGUUUUUACUGGACUACUUUUUCUGUUUGUACAUAUUUAUAUAAAAUCUAUAUAGAUGCUCUCAAAAGUUUAAAAUGCCUAAAGUGCAUCAUUCACACCAAAACCAAAAAGUCUGCUGCCCACACGUUUCCACUAGUGUGUUUCUGUCUUUUUUUUCUUUUUUUUUUACAGUUUUGUUGUGUUUUUUAGGUUUUUGGCCUUUUCGUUCGAGUGCUGUGAUGAGUUCAAGUCUUCUGUAAAAUGUCACAGAAUCAUCUUUUCCGCCUGAACUGAUCUACAGUCAGCUGUAGGAGAGAAGAGAAUGUGCCUGUACUAAUUUAUUGUAAAGCAGAAAAUGUAUAUGCAUUACUUUAUAGAGAGAGUAUUGUAAGAAAAUACUACGGGCACACGAGGAGCCGUGUGCAGAGGCCCUUCCUCUUCUGUUGUUUUGUGACUUUUUUAUUUUUUAAUUAAUAGCAUUAAGUCUGAGCGGUGAGGUGAUAGUGUUUGAUGUUUUAUUUUGGCAGGGUAGCGAUGGGUAGACUUCCUGUUUCGUUUGGCCCCUCUGGAUGUGGAUGUCGUGUGUAAAUAGAUUUGGUACUUAGCUGAUUCUCUGGGAAAAACCACAGUUAUAGCCAACGGGAGCGGAAACCAGCCGACGGCGGGCCGGUGGGAUUUUUUUAUACUAAAACACUGAAAAAUUAAAAUAUGUUAUUGAAUCACUGA